AUGGAGUCGAAACUCUCGCUGUUGACCUUCGGGGAUGACCGCCGUUCGCUGAACCAGAGUCAUUCAGCCCUACGAGCUCUCACUUCAUCCCGCCUCAGUCGGACACGACCACGACGAGACUCUUGCUCCACGAGUUCAUCAUCCUCAACCUGCUCCUCCAUUGACUCCACCAGCUCACCCUCAUGCGUGUUCAUUGUCUGGGCCGCCGUCCAGCGCAACACAUCCCAGAAAAUGACGGCGGCUGAUCGUCUCGAAUGUCCACUUCUGCGCUGCCGCAAGAGGUUUCCGAAUCACGAGGCCAUGUUGAGGCACCUGUACGCCUGCGACCAGCUCUUUACUGGCGAGUACUGGUGUUAUGAGUGUGGCAAGGCCGAGAAGUUCAACGACGGGAAGUGCAAACGCUGCCUCGGCCACCCGGGAAAGAGACGUAGGAUCAUGUCCGUUGCGAAGAACUUCUUCUCCUCGUUAGGGCAACGGUCGAAAAUCAACCAUAUGCCAGACCUCGACAUGAAGGAUGUAUCCGACAUCGCCGCCGUUCCACCACUCAGCUAUGAUUCUUGCAUUCAACCUCAACAAGUCGAGCUAUCCUCGUGCACCGAGAUUUUGGAGAUUGACUCCGUCGAGGUGCCUCUUCCAACACCGAUGGAUGUCCAUCGUUGCAUCUUGGAGAGCGAGCCCGCGGUAUCAUUGGCCAUGGGGGCGGCAGGCCUGGAGUCGACCGUGUCCGUGUUGCCUGACCCAUCGUUCGACUGGCCUUUGCAGAACUGCCUCUAUACAAAUGACAGCAUCAUGGGCAAAUCCGACCGGCCAUCGCUGUCUCUACACACCUAUGGUCUCGAACAGCAUCGGAAACAGCACCAACCCACUGCCCGAGCCAAGAAUCUCUCCCCCAGCAAUUCGCUCAGAUCGAACGCCAGUACCGACACGACAGCUAGUUACCUCGUCUCGCCUGCUUCUGCUUUCAGUGGUGCUUGGACGACCGCCGAGACUAGCCUCACUUCGCCGACCUCUGAUGGCAGCUCGGGGGGGUUACUCUCCCGAGGCUGCUCCAAUGCGAGUCGCUACUCAAACUACAGCAUGCCGUCACAUGCCUUCAUCUCGGAACUGCCAGCAGACGAUAUCAUGCUCCAGCCGCUUCCUACGUUUCUCCCGGACGACUUGAACUGCGACCAACAGCUCCCACUUCUGGAAAGUUCGGAUGCGGCACUUCGCCCGAACGAGAACGGCGCGGUCGCCCCUGAACAGACGUCUGACGCUUCGGGUCUGGUGAAAGCAACAGACACGGCCAUCCCUGCCCAUGCUGUCGAUGCCAACUCUCUUGUCGGAUCAGCGUGGGACACGCUAAAGACCCAUAUCACUUCAUCCCUAAGAAAGCUGCGACACCUAACCCACAAUCCUCUUGUGGGACAAUUGCAAAGCGUAUCAUCACAGGAAAUAGCCAACAGGGGUCUCGCUGUGCUCAAGGUUCUGCUCGAGGGUGGCCGUUCGACUAGCAGCGUCGACAUGCUCUGCUUCAUCCACGUUACCUACUCGCUUUCUCUCAUUGUCCACGAAGACGACACGCGCAACCGUUCAAAGCAGCUCUUUGCGCAAGCCUUCUGUUACAGUAAUUGGCUAGCUGCAGGGGAGCGAACAGAUUAUGCUGAAGUGGCGUCUGCGAUCUGGCAACCAUUGGAUCUGUCGCUUGGCGAAUUGGAUGAACUGAUAUCAGAGCAGGAUGGGCGUGUAUCUUCGACGCCACCAAGUCUGAAAGGCAAGGAGUCAGCCUCUCCCCCUUCUGGAAAUCAAUUGAAAAAGGACAUUUUGUUGGAAGUGGCGCGCUUCUUCUUGGACGAGCUGGAACACGCCGUCUUGCCUAGCAAGAACCUUGAGUCGACCGAGGUCCUCAGCUCUAUGCUAUGGACAAAACAUUCUGUGGAUACUACCGACAGUUCGACCCUGAACAGACACCUCUCUGCCAGUUUUAGAACGUGGCGGUGCGAGAUUCGCCGCGAUUUCAGUCAUGCCGAGAACCUUGAUCCGAACAUAAAGCGGAUUCAGAUGCGCAUCGACAAUGGAAGCAUUCGCAGCGCAAGGAGGGCGGAGUUGGAGCUGAUGCAGGCGGGCAAGGGAUGCGUGUCAAUGCAAGAAUACUUCGACAGCUACGUCCCCAAGGUAAGAGAGCUGUCUGACUGUUUCUACCAUCAGUAUUUGCUAGAGGAGAUACCUCGAACAUCGUACCAUGUAAAUGGUGUUGAUCUCGCCCGAACCAUCUUUUCCGGUAUCUGGGAAAAGGAGGCGAUCAAGCACGCCAAACAGGAUACCGCCAAUGUGAGUGGCGAGGCGGCCCUCGAAGAAUUCAUCAGAAACACAACAACAGCGCUCGAUGACCCGUGGGAGAGUUUUCUCCUGGCGCCGGAGGAUCCGCUUGUCAUGCCGACGCCCCUGCCUGACACUCAGCGAGCGAUGAACGACGCGGAACUCGCGAACGCUAUCUCGCUAUUUUACGAGACCGGCGAGAGCUCCAUGAAGGAGAUUUUGCAGACGUCGCUCACACCAACCAACUUUUGUACCGCGCCGUCCAAAAAGUCUGUGCAAGCGACUCUUAGUAGCACGGGGCAGAAGUUGGAGGUGAAGGCUAGCGAUUGUUGCGAGAUUUGCGGAUACCAACCAAAGGGCGAUCCCCAGUGGUUCAAGGGUAGCAUGGCGAAACAUAAGAAGCUGCAGCACUCAAUGGCGCCUCCCAAGAUCUACCGGUGUCCGUACCCCGGCUGCACGAGCCAGUACAAGAAUCGACCGGAUAACCUGAAGCAGCACCAGCAAGACAAGGGCCAUUUUGUGGACGGACCAACGGAGCGGAGGCCUAGCAAGAGGAAGAAGAGAAACGAGUGA